AUUUAUUGAUGUAUUUUUUGCUCAUGGAUAAUGGGAUUUUCCCCUCACGCAGAACAAUGAAGAGCUGAGGACCCGACAGAACCCGACAGAACCCGACAGAACCCGACAGGACCCGACAGGACCCGCGUCGUAACUGCGGACCAAGUGGACUGGAAUCUCUCGCUUCGGAAACAGUUGAGAGCUCUCGUGCCAAAUUGUAGACUGCAGUUUCUCAUCGUUGAUUGGAAACGCCCUCAAACCAGCAGCAGGCUCAUCUUACGGGGGACGACAUCAUGGCGGCGUACGGGCAGACCCAGUACAGCCCCACCCUCCAAGCCGCCGGACCCUACACCCCUUACGCGCAUCACUCGCAAGGCUACAGUGUGCCGUCCUACAACAUUAAAACCGAGGAGGGCCUGAGCCACUCGCCGGGCCAGACGGGACUUUUGGGCUACUCCAACUUCAGCAGCGCCCCCGCCACGCAAAGCCUGUACGGUUACUCGCACACACACGGUGCGGGCAUUUCCUCGGGCAUUUUCCAGGGCGGCCACGCCAUCUCCGCGUCCACGCCCUUCAACCCCACGCAGCAAGAGUUUUCAUCGUAUUCAAGCUACAGUCAGAGUCAGUACUCGCCGUAUUACAACUCGCAUCACUACAACAGCCCGUACCUGAGCGGCAGCAACAUUAGCCCCGCCUCCAUCGCCCCCCCGUUAGCCUAUCAGCACCCGGAGCACCCCGUCAUGUUACCCAAUCACAGCCCGGAGUCUCACACCGGGGAGUACCACCCGCCGCCCAGCCCCCUCACGCCGGGUAAAGAGGCGGGCGAGAGGGGCACGGUGUCCAUGCGGAGGGGGUCCGACGGGAAGUUGAGGGGGAGGAAAAAAGUCAGUGACCCGGUGCCACCUUUGGAUGCGGAUAUUGAGCGGGUGUUUAUCUGGGACCUGGAUGAAACCAUCAUCAUUUUCCACUCGCUCCUCACGGGGACCUUCUCCUCGAGAUUUGGCAAGGAUUCGUCCAAAGCGGUUUCUCUGGGUUUGUGGAUGGAGGAGAUGAUCUUCAAUCUGGCCGACUCGCGACUCUUCUUCAACGACUUGGAGGAGUGUGACCAGGUUCAUAUCGACGAUGUGGCGUCAGAUGACAACGGACAGGACCUGAGCACGUACAAUUUUGCGACCGACGGCUUCCAGAGUCCAGCGGGGGCCGGCUCCCUGUGCCUGGGCUCGGGGGUCCACGGCGGGGUGGACUGGAUGAGGAAGCUGGCGUUCCGAUAUCGGCGGGUCAAGGAGAUUUACAACUCCUGCAAGAAUAACGUUGGCGGUUUGCUGGGCAGCCCCAAGCGGGAAGAGUGGCUCCAGCUGCGGCGGGAGAUGGAGGUCCUCACCGACCUGUGGCUCACGCAAGCGCUCAAAGCUUUGGCUCUCAUCAGCACCAGGCCCAACUGCGUGAACGUGCUGGUGACCACCACCCAGCUGGUCCCGGCGCUCUCCAAAGUGCUACUGUACGGUCUGGGGGCCGCCUUUCCCAUAGAGAACAUCUACAGCGCCACCAAGAUCGGCAAAGAGAGCUGCUUCGAGCGCAUCACUCAGAGGUUCGGCAGGAGAGCCGUCUACGUGGUGGUCGGGGACGGAAGCGAAGAGGAGACGGUGGCCAAGAAGAAGAACAUGCCGUUCUGGAGGGUGUCCUGCCGGGCCGACCUGGAGGCUCUGAGCCACGCACUGGAGCUGGACUACCUGUAGCGGGGCGCCACCUCUGCCCCGCCCACACCACACCACACCACACCCCGAUCGCCAGAAUCUCCUGAACUCUUGAAUGAAAAAAAAAACAAAUAAAUAAGACUGAUUCCCAGUCAGUGUUGCUGAGUCAAGUCGGAGGUUGAAAACGACCAAAACAAGCGGCUAGAGGACCAAAGCUUCAGCGCCAUCUCCAGGGAACUUUUGCAAAUGUCUUUUUUCCCCCCUUUUCUUUCAUUCAAUUCAUCUCACUUUCAAGAAUGACAUCUCUUGAUUUGAAGUCCUCAAAUAAUAACAUAGAUGUGUUAGGAAAAUAAAAAUUAGCAUCAUAUAGAUAGAGGCUAUGAAAGAUACUAAAAAAAUGUGAGUUAUUUAUUAUCAGUCACGAAAUUGCCGAAAACAAACAAACAAACAAACAAACAGAAGGGAUGGGACAAUUCUGCUUCGUCGUUACGGGAUGUAAAUGUUUGUACGCAUUUGUGCUUUUUAACCCUCCUUUUCCCUCCCUAAUCGUCUCUUUUGUAAAUCAGACGGACUGUUGAGGUCACGCAUGUGCCUGUCAGCUUAGCCACGAUGAUGUGUAUAUAAUGCUUUGUGCUCCAUUUGAUUUGACACACGGCUCAAAUAGACAAAUAAAAAAAAAAAAAAAAGUAAGUCAAUUGCACCGGAUCCAGGACGCCUUUCCUUUUCGCGCUCUCGACCAA